CUGGCUGUCUUGUCUCUUAAUUGAAUUUCCAUGGCGUCCCGCAUCACCUCUGUUUAAAUCUCCUAUCGCAGUGGCUACGCAUGUGGUGACUGUUUUAUGAUUUAUCUGCACGCGACGCCUUCACCUGGACACGUCCCGCAGACGCCACAGCCCGGAGUCUAACCGGUUGUGCAGAUACUCUGCGGUCCGGGGAAACUUCACACAAUCUCCGUAACUUCUAACCCUACGUCUGAAACUCAAUGCGAGACGAGUCUAGUCCAUCCUACGUGGUGACGUAAGGCCACGUGUGUGUUUUGUGAUAACCUUAUGUGUGUACCUUAUGCACGGCAGUAAGCGCACUGCGCUUCGGACCUGGCAACCCGAGUUCGAUUCCCGCUCACGGCCAACACCAGUGACGAUCAUUUGAACCGGUGUCGUCACUGGUGUUGGCUGUACGACCGCUCUGUGUACAGGCACACACGUGGUCCUGUCGUGCACAGGUAAAGAACCCGCAAAACUGGCCAGGUGAGUUAUUUCAACAGCUUCCCGACACAGGUCGAGCACGACUAAAAAGCUCUGGGGUCUCGGUUCUAUUCCAGGUUGGGGUGAGAGGUUACGUAGAUUGUGGAAGGUUCCCGGGACCGCAGAGUAUCGACAGACACAGACAGACUCUGGGUUGUGGUGUCUCUGGGACGUGAAGGUGAAGGGGUGGCGAGUAAGCAAAUUAUAGGACAGACACCGCUAUGUGCAGCCAAUGAGAUGGGCGAUUCAAAUACAGACGCUGUGGGGCGCCAUAGAGUUCACAGCUCCGUGCAUAUAGAACAUCGAGACCCUGCACAUGGAGACUCUGCACCUGAAGUCCGGAGACCCUGCACUUGAAGUCCGGAGACCCUGCACAUGGAGCCCGGAGACCCUGCACAUGGAGCCUGGAGAUUCUGCACAUGGAGCCUGGUGACUCUGCAGAUGAAGCCUGGAGACCCUGCACAUGGAGCCUGGAGCCCCUGCACGUGGAGCCUGGAGACUCUGCACAUGGAGCCUGGAGACUCUGCACAUGGAGCCUGGAGACCCUGCACACGGAGCCUGGAGACCCUGCACAUGGAGCCUGGCGACCCUGCACAUGGAGCCUGGAGACCCUGCACAUGGAGCCUGGAGACCCUGCACCUGGACACCCUGCACCUGGAGACCCUGCACAUGGAGACUGGAGACCCUUUACCUGGCUACCCUGCACCUGGACACUCUGCACCUGGACACCCUGCACAUGGAGACUGGCGACCCUGCACCUGGACACCCUGCACCUGGACACCCUGCACAUGGAGACUGGCUACCCUGCACCUGAACACCCUGCACCUGGACACCCUGCACAUGGAGCCUGGAGACCCUGCACCUGGAGCCGUCUCAAGCGGUCAGGGAGCCAACCGCUCGCCCUCAACUCAGGGGCUCCGCGUCCCCCACGCCACUGGAGGGCGACACUCGCAGCGAAGAAUCCCUCGGCGCAGCGCCCGUGUGGAGUUCGGGCAGCGUCCCGCGGGCGUGCAACGACUGCGUCUCGAGGCGGCGAACAGACGCGGGGCGGCGCGAUUGUCCUGGCAGCGAGGGGAGACAUCGGAGCGGGGCUUUGUUGCUGCUCGUGGCACGCGAGGGGGGCAGGAGGGGAAAUGCCGCGCGCACUGGGAGAGGGGCGCCGCUCCGUGGAGAGAGUCGCGGGGAGAGGCGGCUCCACAGAGAGGGAGUGGAGACACCGGUGGGGUGGAGCUUGGGCUGGGGUCUGGGCCAGGAUGCCUCGGCCGCUGAAGUGGAGGAGCCACAGGCGAGCGGAGUGGAGCAAGGUCUCCUUCCCAAGGUGGUGGUCCACGCCUUCGACUCCAAUCUUCUGUCCUCUUGCGCCCACACCUAUACAGAGAAGCACUCACGCAGUAUUAUUGCACAUAGAGACGAGGCACAGAUAUACAAACGCAUUAUCACCUUGUGGUCGUGCAGCCUUUGUGUUCGUGGAUAUUUGCCGCUCGCCGGGAUUCGAACCCGUCGUCUGAGGGCUCCAGGGUUGUCUGCGCAUCGCCUUGCGCCACCGAGGCCUCAUACAGACACACGGUACUUUGUGCGUGUAGUGAUUGCACUGCGCGCACGUGGCUGUUUUAAACAAUCGUGAUGACAUCAUCGCGCAACAUAUUAAUUGUUUAAAAUAAAACCUUGAAUUUGAACCCAGGUUCCCAACAUAAGAGGCAGCUUUCUUUUCCAUUAGACUAUGUGGGUGUAAUAGAUGCUCUGAAUGUUCUGGUUUAUAUAUAAUCGUCUUUUCUCAACA